AUGGAGUGGAAUGCUUUAGCGGCGUUACAGCGCAUGGCCACAUUUAAAGAGCGCUGCCUUUACGAACUGUGGAUGCAAGCGUUGAGAACUGAGAUCUUGAACAUCAAGCCCGAGGACUUGCGUGCGAAAUUCCUAGCCGGUGUAGCCAAUUUGGCCACCGAAUCGUUACAGAUUGGUUACCCAACUAUUGCUUCGGCACCACACAGUGUUGCUAAUGGUUUCAAGAAUCUAUUGUUUAUUGCUGCUGCCACCAAAGUAGAUUUCAGAGGAGCUUCUACCAUUAUAAAGUUCAUUAAGGAGCUCAGCAAGUUUGUUUCCGCUGCUGCUGCCUCUGCUCCAGCUGCUGGUGCUGGCGCUGCUGGCGAAAAGUAG